AGGGAAUGUUGGGUGAGAUGGUCUCCCAGUCCAACCUUUUAGUCUGGACAGCACUGAUUCCCACUUUUCCCAUAUGACAGCCGUGAAAGCAAUUAACCUUGUGCUGCCUGAGAUCAAGGUGUGUUCAACUGACUCCUGCGUAUGUGGCCAACUGGUUCUGAACCUCAGCAGUACCCUUGUAGACCCUGUUGUGAAAGUGGAGCUCGUGGGAAGAGGCUACCUGAGCUGGCAGUGGGGAAUCAAUUUUGGAGCCCACGUGGAUGGCAGUUUCUCCUGUGCAAUGGGGUUCAUGCCUACCAGACAUGGACAGCUGCCUGGAUUCUGGGAUCCACACACCUUUGAUUUCCACUUCAGCUUUCCUCCAGAGGUUCUCUGCACAUUCACCAGCAAAGUUGGCUGCAUCUCCUAUUUCGUGCAAGGGAUUUGCUGCAGCCACAGUACUGUCUUAGCUAAAGAGCAGAGAUAUUUACUGUUGCAAGGAAUCAGUGGUGACCACAUGGGACAUGCAAAAGACAAGCUAAGGGGAACCAACUGUCUGAGCUGGGGACUGUUCUGCCAUGCAAUGUGUGGUGUGGUGUGGAAGGCUGUCCUCUGGGUUAAAGGCAGGACCUGGUGGAAGUUUGAGCAGCUUCAGAUGUUCCUUCACAAGUUUGGACAUGUGGUUUUUGGGGAACACUCUGUGUCCAGCAGCAAUAGUUCACUGUGCUUUGCCUUUCCACUCACUCACCCCAUGCAGGCUCCAUUGGUGGUAGAAGCUAGGAGCAAUGUUGUUUACCUCUGCUGCUUCAUCCAUGGCUCUGUAAUCCUUCAGAUUUCCCUGGAGAAAAACAUAUUUCCUGGUGAAACUGUUGCCUUCACAACAGAUAUUGCCAACAGGACAUGCAGUUAUGUUAAAAAGGUAGUUUUUGCCAUAUGCUGCACUGUCCUGUACAGGGGCUUCAGCAACAGUGGAGAACAGUAUUCCUUUGAAGAUCAAAAAGAAGUGAUGAGGUUGGAGUGCCAGCCAGGCACAUCCGCCUUUGAUACCAUGAGAGUCAUCAGUGCACUGGUUCUGCCAAAACCAUUGCCUGUCACCAGUGCCCUGAGAGGAAAUUACAUCAUGGCAUUCAGGCAUGAGCAGGUAGAAACCUCUAACCUUCCUUAUGCCACGUCCACCAUCUUGGGCACGGUGCUUAUCAUCAUAGCAGCCAUACCAGAGCAUUUGUGGAGCAGAGCACCAUGACUCUGCAUGAAAAUCAAGGUUAGCCUGAUAAGAGACACUUAUGAGAAUGAUCUAGGAGCAAUUGGACCCAAGGAAUAAAGGAUUUUUGUUGUUCAAGAUCCAUACACAUUAUCUCUCUGCUUUCACAAGAGGAGACUGUGGUUGCAGAGAUGCUCUGGUGAUUUCCAAAACCCAAGAUCAGGAAGGCAUGUGAAGGGAGCCUGUAGUCCCACUGAAGUCAGACCUGAUGGCUAAGGAAGAGCAGGAGACUCAACAGUGCCCUAGAUACUCUGCAGGCUCAGAAGGUGGCCAUGCUCCAGUCCAUGAGAUAAAAGCCCACCCUAGUUUCAUCUAGAGGUAUGGUGAGAGUGGAGAACAAGCUGUUUGAAAACCAGCUAUGAGAUAAGCCAGAUGCUGGGCAGAGACAAGGAGCAAGCAGACUGCUUGUCACAGAGGGACCUGUGGGAGAUACCUUCAGCUGCCAGCAUGGAUGGGUGGGCAGGUGGGUGAUCCCUGGGGACAAGGGAGUAGGCAGGCAGCAGGGAGCAUGUGAGACACAGGGCUGCUGAAGGCAGGGCAUGGGCAGUACCCACUCAACUAGGAAAGCCUCUUUCAAGAUUUUGUGAAGCGACAAAGCUGGUCAGGAAGGAAGGACUGAAGUUCUCAGUAUAUGACUGGAUAAUAAUUAUAGGAAGAUCUAAGUCCUUGAAAGACUGUUGCCUUAGGGCUUCCUUCAUGCAGUGAAGGAAGGUAACAGGUACAUAGGAAAGGAUAGAACCUGGCAAGUAUGAGUGUGUCAUACCUCCUACUUUCCCUUUUGCCUUAGUCUGCUCUGGGACCUAUCACCCACCACGGCAGGAUCAGCACAAACCCCACCCCACAUCCACUCAGUAUGACCUUGGGCAUGGAUGCUGCUGAAAGGAUGUUCCUCCAUCAGCUUCAGGUGACACCAUGGACCAGUGGUCAUGCUGCCAUGCAGGGGGACCUGCACAGGCUGCAGAAACAGGCAUUCCCAGGGACAUGGUGUGUGUAGCCCAUGCUGAAACUGUGUAUGUGUCUGUGUGGGUGAAGAGAGGGUUUGGGGACUAGAAGGGUGCUUAGGCAUUUGUUGGUGUUGGCUGGCAUUUGUGUCUAGUGCCUACUAUUGUGGUUUCUCUGCUGUAUUGCUGAUACUGAGCCUGAAUGUAUAGUUCACUGAUUGCUGGUUAAUUAGGUGUUGCUAAUUGAAUAAAUCACCCUGAUUCUGAUGUGAUUUACACAACAUGAACUGAGAGCUGUUUCUUCAGAGCAUGCUGCUGCCAUAUCUUGCCCCAGCAGGUGCCCUGCAGGCUCCCAGCAUGUCCCCAGGCUCUCAAGGGUGGCAGACUCGGGUCUCCAGUGUCCUCUGGAAAAACCUCAGUCCCACAGCAAGCCUCUUGCAGCAGCUUCCUGCUAGGACUCACCCUGGGCAAGAGCCCCGAACCUUCCCUAGUCUCCAAACCAAACCAGCAUUUCACAUUCCACCUGCCUUUUGUCAUUCCCUGAGUGCUCUCAGAUUGACUUUGGAUGACAAAACUUCCCAGCCUGGGUGUGAGACAUUGCAUGGCAUUGUCACAUUCUGCUGCUCACACAGGGCUAACAUUUCUCCUCAUCUUGUCCCUAGAAAUGGUAUUUAUCAUUCUGACACAGGAAGGCCCCUUCUACAUCUCAGUCAAGGCCAUAUAUCAGGAUGCUAUGUGCAGAAUCCCAUUACAAAUAGAUUGUUGUUUUACAGGUCUCCCUGUUUUCAUCGUUCAAGCAAAAAUUAAGGUGCUCACAAUGUACAUGGCAGUGAUAUGUUAGAAGAAUAUCUUUCACUGCUUGUCUUUUGAACUUCCAGCUUUGUUGGAAAAAAGCUGAAGGAAUACCACCACCAGGUAUCAAUUCUGAAGUUGCCAUCACAUAAGCAGUGGAAGUCCUCGCAAAUAAUAUGAAAAAGAAUUUAACAACUUCCUUUUUACAAAAUAUAGUUUGCAAAGAAACAAUAGGAUAUCAGCGCUUGGAGAAAUAAAAGGCGUCUUUGUAAUUUCUUUGCAUGCUACUUGCUGUGAUUUGAAGCACUGUGGAAGUCUAUUUUGGCUCAGAUGUCUGAAGCCAGGCUCAGAUCAGCAGACUCGGGAAGGCAGUUGAGGAAGAAACGAGGUAUUCCCACACCUCACUAUGGUCGCCCUGCUGGCAUCCUGAUUGCAGAAGGCAAUCUGAUGCUAGCAGUACUGCCUAGUGGUUUCAAAAACUGCGUUUCUCAAGAUGGAAUAUAUACCAGCAUGAAAUAUGCAUAACACUGUUCCUGGGAUGUCUUAUGCAGUGUUUGUGUGAACAAGAAGCAAAAUAAAAUGGCUGACAUCAACAAGCCAGAAAGGCCAACGUCCUAACAAUGUAGGUAUAAUACAACACACAUACAUACCUGUGGGUUACCUGACUUCUGGGAAUGUAGGCAAGUGAUUUCACAACUCUUUGUUUUAAUUUUCUUUUCUGCUUUUUCUGUGUUGUCUGUAUUGCAAAUUCUUCAAGCAGUUCCUUUCCUGUCUUUAUAGUUUCAUUUCUCUAAGGCACUUUCAUGCUACUCUGGUAUAAAUAGUAACAAGAACAAUAUCACAUCUGGGUAGUUUCAGUCAAGUACUUUUUUCCAGCACGCUGCAGAAGACGGCGUAAAGAGAUCUGUAGGAAAGGUCUUGUGAAAUAUUUGGUUCAUGUCUACAAAGAGAUGGUGGAGAUUUUUGUGUAGCAACAUUGGACCAUAAAAACACCAGGAGUCACAUUUGGGCUACCUGCGUUUUUAGCUUUGUACGCCUUUAGCAAAGCACUGAAACACACCCACAUGGAACUCAUGCCUUUAGAGUUCAGCCAGACCAAUAUUAUGCUGUGUCUUUCCUAAGACUCUUUAGAGCAGGAGCAGUAACUAUUCAGGCGCAGUGACCAAAAAUAGCCGUAUAUCUAAUGGAGACACUGUACCAUAAGACAAUAAGGAGCCACCACCACCCUUUUUUAUUUCAUGGAAUCACAGAAUCACCAAGGUUGGAAAAGACCCACAGGAUCAUCCAGUCCAACCAUUUGACAUAGGUAUCGAACAUCUGGGCUUGAAAACUUAGAAACCAAAACACUUGGGUGCAAUACCACACAUUUCAGUGGAGGUUUCAUUAAAUACUGCACACUAAGCCUACUUGUAGUUGACAGGUUCAACAAAUAUUGGUCCUUGUAGGGUGACUUAUUGUGAAAAUGGAGCAGGAGGUUACUGCUGACUUUUGCCUCUUAUGCUUUAGCUGUAUUUAUAUAAAUGCUGAGCUCUUUAGUUCUUGGAAUCAAUAUUUUUUUAUUUCUUUUUGAAUGAGCCAUGCCUGGAGUCUCUCCAGAAGCCCACACAGAGGAGUCUGGUCUCUGCAUUCUUUGGGAUUAUUUCUGAGGAGUGGCCUUAUUGUGAAACUGGUGGGAUUUGUGCAGGUCAGAGUGAUGGGAAAGAGUAUAAAAAGAUGAGAUACAUGGAUGGCUAUUUUGUCUGCCUAUUUUUUAAUGUUAACAUUAUACAGAUUUAGGAGAAUGCUCCUUUUUUUUUUUUUUUUUUUUUUUUUUUUUUUUUAA